UUCUCUCCUGUGAUGCUGGGCUCUCCCUUCAAUCACACAUCAUCAAAUGCUGCCACAUUCAUCCUUGUGGGUGUCCCAGGAUUGGAGGCAGUUCACCUUUGGCUGGCAAUUCCUCUGAGUGCCAUGUACACUGUAGCCUUAUUAGGGAAUAUCCUUAUUCUGACUGUGAUCUGGGCAGACUCAGGACUGCAUGAACCCAUGUACUAUUUUCUAUGUGUCUUAGCUGCUGUGGACAUUGUCAUGUCAACCUCUGUGGCCCCCAAAAUGCUGACUAUCUUCUUUUCAGGCAAUGGCAUCAUUGGCUUUGCUGCCUGCUUCAUUCAGAUGUACAUCGUCCAUGCAGCAACAGCUGUGGAGACUGGGUUGCUCCUGUCAAUGGCCUUUGACCGCUAUGUGGCCAUCUGCAAACCCUUGCACUACCAGACUAUCCUUACCCCACGGACAAUGCUGGGCAUUGGUGUGGCCAUUAUGAUCAGAGCAAUUAUGGUCAUGACCCCACUGAGCUGGUUGAUUGUCCAUCUGCCAUACUGUAGAUCCCAUGUAAUUCUUCAUUCCUACUGUGAACACAUGGCUGUGGCCAAGCUGGCAUGUGCUGACCAUAUGCCCAGCAGUCUCUAUAGUUUGAUUGCCUCCUUUAUCAUCGUAGGCUUUGAUGUGACUUUUAUAGCUACUUCCUAUACUCUGAUCCUUUGGGCUGUGUUCAACCUGUCCUCUCAGGAUGCUCGGUUCAAGGCACUCAGUACAUGUGGUUCCCAUGUGACUGUCAUGGUCCUUUACUACUUACCUGCUAUGGUAUCCAUCUACAUGGCUUGGUUGGGGCAGGAUAUGGUACCCUUGCAUGCUCAGGUGCUUCUGGCUGAUUUCUACUUAGUUAUCCCUCCUAUGCUGAACCCUCUCAUCUAUGGCCUGAAGACAAAGAGGAUCCGAGAGCGGGUGUGGAAUGCAGUGGUCAUCACCCUUACAGGAUCUAAUUGCUUGAAUUCCAAGAAAGAGAAAAGAUCCAAGCAGGUGUUUGCUAUAUGA